GCUCCAACAAGAAGCUGCAGCACCACGAUGAUGUAGGUUUGGACAGGCAGCUGCAGCGCAAAGCCGCAGGUCGGCUCUUCGCACGGGCGUUGCGGUCGGCUACGACGGCUACUCAUGGACAGCAGCGAGCAGAGCCAGAGCCCUCCGGGAUAGCAACCGUGGCCCCGGCGCCGAGAGAGACGUGGGUGGCCUGCCCAAGGGAGAGUGACAUUCACUCCAAGAUGUGCAGCCUGGGGCGGGUCGACCCCUUCGAGGUGGGGUAUGCCUGCAGGAGCAUCCCGGACUAUCAGCCCGAGGGCCGGGCUCCCAACCAGCCGCUGAACCGCGUCUGGCAGGCAGCCAAAGUGCUGGACCAUGCGGUAGACAAAGUGGUGUACAUCGGCUACGAACAGCCGAUUGAGGUUUUCAGAGCAAUUCUCCCGAGCGGCCGCGAGCAGUUGCUGACCACCGAAGGUUGGAAGCUCUGGAUCUUGCAGAGGUCCGCCCUGGCCCGGCACCCCAAGAAGGCGCUCAUCGCGCCGAAGAUCCUCAUGGACGAGGAGGCCAUCAACGAGAGGAUCAAAGCUGCUGACAUCCCGGAGGACGUGGAUGCCACGUACCUGCAGUCCGAGGACGGCACGUCUACGUAUUUUUCCUGGAGGGACGUGGUGGCAAGCAAGUCCAAGUCGAAGUGA